AUGUCUCCUGCAGCGGUAGCUGCUGCUACGAGAGCGACGGACAGACCAUACCGCAAGGAGAGGAGACUGGCUCAGAAAGCUCAGCGCAAGCAGGCAAAGCGAGAGAAGGCAGUCAACUCCAUCUUUGCUAAAGCGGGCGUAGCCACCAGCAAAUACUCUGCUUAUGUGCGCAAGGAUCAGCAAUUCAAGACGUUCAAGCCCCUGACGCCCUCUCUCAGAUGGGUGCGACAUCUGCUACAACCGGACCUGCACAAGGGGAAGCCUGAAAGGGCGCUCACCAUAGCGAAGAGGAGCACGGCAGGGCGAAACAACUCGGGCAAAGUGGUGGUGAGAGGCAGAGGAGGUGGACACAAACGGAGAAUUCGCAUCGUCGAUUUCCACAGAAAGACGCCUGGAGAGCAAGAUGUGCUGCGGGUCGAGUACGAUCCGGGACGCAGCGCUCACAUCGCGCUCAUCGAACACAAGGAAAGCAAACUCAAGUCUUACAUCCUCGCGCCCCAUGGCCUGAGAGCGGGCGAUACGGUUGAGUCGUUCAGGUACAGCACAGACGUGCCCGGCGAGGCAAGCGGCAGCAGCACUCUCGACAUUGGCAUCUUCCGCACCAAAGCCAUUCGUCCAGGCAACGUGCUGCAGCUACACCUCAUACCCAUUGGUACGAUGAUUCACAAUCUAUCGCUCACUCCGCAUGGCUCGGCCAAGCUCAUCCGAUCAGCAGGUGCGGUGGGGCAGCUGAUCGCCUUUGUCAAGCGGUCCAAGUCUUCGCCCAAUCUGCCAACGCAUGCGCAAGUCAAGUUGCAGAGCGGAGAAGUUCGGCUGGUGCCCAUUCGCUGCCAUGCUACCGUAGGUCGGGUCAGCAACAUAGAUCAUGAACACAUUCGCCUCGGAAAGGCUGGUAGAUCGAGAUGGCUGGGCAUCAGGCCCAAGGUGCGAGGUGUAGCUAUGAAUGCCAUCGAUCAUCCCCAUGGUGGUGGUCGAGGAAAGUCGAAGUCAAAUAUGCAUCCGAAAUCGAUUUACGGCUGGAAGACGGAAGGACGUACACGCAAGCCGGGCACCAGGACUGGGAACAGGAUGGUCAUUCGCGAGAGACCGAGGCAGAAUGGCAAGCGUCGCGUCAAGGGUGCUCCCGCAGCUUAGGUCAGGUCGGUCUGCAAGCCGAGCGCUUCUCCGAAGAAAUACUCGAGCCAGAAGCAAAUGCAUGCCAUCAUGCGCAAUGGUUUUCAAUAGCCUUUACAAUUGUCGCGCGCCCUUAUCGACCCAGAUCUUGACGAAGAUUUGCUUGCACAGAGCAGCUUGACUUGAUCCUUGUUCCCGGCCUCAUGGCUGGCCGAGCAUUCAGCAGCCGGAUGUUGUGCGCGCGACGCCGUCCUCGUAGACCCACCGUUUGUCUUGCGAGUAGGGAGGGAAGCCGCGUUCAAAGUCAC